CCCAACGAACCAAACCAUAGUGUGGUUCUGGAUUGAAAGCUAACAGAAACUGUCUUAUUUCGUUUCAUCUCUCUUUCCAACAAGCCGCCAUCUUCUUUUUUCCACUCAUUUUCGUCUUUCAACUACCCUUACUGUCCAGUCUGCCGAGGACUCGUAAUCAAUUGUACGUCAUUGUACGUGUUAGUGCCCAGCUAGCAGCACUUACACUGCCCAUUUCCCCCUUAUCUGGGACUUACACUACACACCUCGUUUUUCGAACUUCUUCCAUUCAACCAACAAACAACAACCGAUCUUUCAGCCACAGUCACCGACAACACCAUGAUACCCAAACAACUCACCACCGUCGCCGCAUUCUCGGCCACCCUCCUCUCCGCUAGCGGCGGCGUGUCCGCCUUCCUCAUUCCUCCCGAGCUCUCCGACACCGACAUCGCCUUUGCACAAGAAGUCGCUUCCGAAAUCAACAACCCUCCCGCUGCCACCGGCCUCGACCCCAUUACCGCCGCCGCCUCUCAACACCAACUGAUCGAGCUCGCCUGCCCCGGCUGCCCCGUCCUCAUCAAGGACCGUCACCACAACAAGCACCACCCCAAGGUCUUGACCGAUAAGCCGAACCACUUGGAGCUGGACUUCAAGAUUGAUCACAGCGCUGGCACCGCGGGAGGGGACAGGUUACUGGUCAACGGGUUCGAGCUAUUUCCCAAUGCUGAUCCGUUGAGGGCAGAGUUAUGGGCUGGACAGAUUUUGGAGGGGGGUGGUGCUCCGAAGCCUUUGCGCGACGACAAGGAGUGGGUUGAGAAGAUGGAGGAGGAGGACGACGACGACCAAAGUGACCACGAUGAUUCCAAUGACCACGAGAAGCAACAACAACAACAAGAACAACAACAACAACAACAACAGGACGACGAUCAUAAGAAGCAGCACAAGAACAGGAAACACAAGAACCGCAAGCACAGAAACCGCAAACCCAAAACCCUCCCGCAAAACCUUGGGUUCGGCCUUCGCACCUCUUUGCCUCAAGUUUCUACCGACCCCGCUGAGCAGGCUACUGCCGCCGCUAACCAAGAAGUCAUCGAUCUGAACUUGCAAAUCGUCGAGGUCGGCAACGCCUUUGUUUCGGGAAUUCCGAGCGUGGAAAUCAAGCUUCUGAGGGAUUCGGUGACGCAGAAGUUGAUGAUUGGGAACAUUGAGACUGCUGCCUCGAACGAGGACAGCGGCGUUCCGGUGCCUUUUAUGGGCGUUAUUCCCGACCCAACGAAGCAGGAGCAGGAGUGUGAUAACUUCUUGUGUCGUCUUUUGGAAGGGUUCAGGGAGAAGGUGAAGGAGGGUAAGGAGGCUUGGGGGAAGAAGAUGGGAGGUUGCCAUGGCGACGACGAUAUGGAGCAUGGUAUGAUGAUGCCCGCUAAGGAGGAGGAGGGCAGUGAGCGGGAGAUGCCAGUGGUGGAGAUUGAUGUGGAACGGAUCGACAUCACUGAGGGUCAAGACGGUACUUGGGAGAUUGUUGCUUCCCCCGUUCAGGAGGACGUCGAGCAAGAACAGAAGAUCAAGAACCUACUUGAUGAGGUGCCCCAGCAAGAGUCCGAGGAGCAUGGUCACCACCAUGGCGGCAUGCACCGCUAUGAGCACAGCUGGGGCCAGUUGCUCAAGAGCAUCACUACCCAUGUUCUGUUGCCGGUGCUGGUUGGUAUUGUUGCUGGUGUGUCUGUUAGCUUCAUCGGCAUGGCCGUCGGAACCCUCAUCGUCGCUCUCUACCGCUUUUUCUACCGUCGUGGUGGCUGCAACGGUCAAAAGUGCCGUCGCCGCGGUGGUGCUGGUUGCAAGCGUGCUCAGCGCCACGGCAAAGACGAAGCUGAGGCCCCUGUUGAAGAGAAGGCUGGUUUGUUGACUGCGCAGGAGCCUGAGGCUGAGGUUGAGGCGCCCCCGGCUUAUGAGGAUGCCAAGGUGGCCGAGGAGGGGGAGGUUAAGAAGUGAAGAUUGACUCGACUUGAGUGUUCUGCAUGCCGUUUUGAAACAACAGGAUGGGAGGAAGUCAGGAAGGAAAUCAGGAAGAGAGAAAGGGUGAUACAAUAUGUGAUACCAUACGAUUUGUGGAAGCGGAAGGAUGAGAUGGAUGGUCAAGCUACACCAGAUUGUCACGCACAUAAAGCAAAUAACUGACUAGGUACGCCCCUUGGGGCAAAUACCAUUUCCAUUUGCUGUACACAGUAAUACCAGACAUAUGUCUGACCACUGCUA